GGGGGGGGGGGGGGGGGGCUGUGUGUUGUCCGCCGGCCGUAGGACUGUCGGGGGGCUGCCGCCGCCGUUGCCGCUACCGUGGAAAAGCAGGGGAAUGACGACAACCUUUGCCCCGAUGUCUCUCGCUGCAAUUCUGCUGCCUAUCCACGGUCCUGGCUUGACCGAUGCCCACCCCGGUCGGUUUACUGGGGAAUGCAGUGCGGUGUGUGUGUGUGUGUGUGUGUGUGUGUGUGUGGGAGAGAGAGAGAGAAAGCAUGGAUGCGUGGGAGCCCAGCUGGAAGCCUGGAGUUUGGGGCUAGGGGCGAUCCCCUUAGCGACAAAGCAGGCUUACAGGGGGGAGGGGACGGUCACUCAUUUUCGAAAGAAGGACGAUGCCGCCACAGGCCGGAUUCAUGAUCGGGAUGCUCGGUAAAGGGUACCCCCUCGGGCAGACGUGGCGAUGCUCUCUGUUUUCGCUUGGUAUUGCCGUCUCACCGCAGGUCGUUGGUUGAUCUGGCCGCGCCAAUCCAAAAUCCUUCUGUGUAAGUGAGAGGGAGAGAGACAGAUAGAGAGAGAGAGGCAGAGAGUGAGUAGCACACGGGGG